ACAACUAGCCCCGGUCAGUUUACGAGCUGUAUUUGUCCCGAUUCCGCCCACAGCACAUGCAUUCAUUCAUCAGUCAGCGUCUUUUCGCGGCCAUGGCAACAUCAGUGGGUAACGAACUGUGAACCAGUCGAACUUAAAAGUGCCUCGCACAAAGGACUCAUGGCCUUCAAUCACCCGCACUCAAACCAGCAUCUCUGAUGACGCUGUGAACUCAGAUCACAUUGAAGCACUGAAGCAACGUUUGGUUUGAUAUUGUUCUCAUCAUGAAUCUGACUGAGAUUUGCGACAACGCUAAGAAAGGAAGAGAAUAUGCACUUCUUGGGAAUUAUGACUCAUCUAUGGUGUACUAUCAAGGUGUUAUACAACAGAUCCACAAGCACUGUCAGUCCCUCAGAGAUCCUGCCCUGAAAGUCAAAUGGCUACAAGUUCGGCAGGAACUGGCAGAGGAAUACGAGCAGGUGAAAAGCCUUGUAAACACCCUAGAGAGUUUCAAGAUGGACAAACCCAUUGAUUUCCCCAACCCUCUGCCUGAAGAGAGCCCAAGGGACCCUGGUGUCUGGCCUCCCCCAACCCCAGCUGAGCACAGGGGACCUGUCCAGGUGAAGAAGCCAAUCACUGUAUCAAAGCCCCAGAGAAAAGAGUCACCUGGAUUGCAGCAUCGCGGACCUGUGGGAAGAGGUCAGCCAAACGUGAAAUCAGAGAGACCGAACACCCGCGACGGCCGUGGAAAUAAAGCUAAGGAUGAAAAAAGUAAGAAGAAUGCCCAGGAGGGUGCUGCUGAUGUGGAACAGAGGAAGUUUGAUGGCACAGGCUAUGACAGCGAUCUGGUGGAUGCGCUGGAGAGGGACAUUGUGUCCCGGAAUCCCAAUAUCCACUGGGAUGAUAUCGCAGAUCUGGAAGAUGCCAAAAAGCUGCUGAGAGAGGCAGUGGUCCUGCCUAUGUGGAUGCCAGACUUCUUCAAGGGGAUCCGCCGCCCGUGGAAGGGGGUGCUGAUGGUGGGCCCUCCAGGCACAGGGAAGACCAUGUUGGCUAAAGCGGUUGCGACCGAAUGUGGCACAACAUUUUUCAAUGUGUCAUCCUCCACGCUGACCUCAAAGUACAGGGGAGAGUCUGAGAAACUGGUGCGGCUCCUCUUUGAAAUGGCUCGUUUUUAUGCCCCUACAACAAUUUUUAUUGAUGAGAUUGACUCUAUUUGUGGGAGGCGGGGCACAUCAGACGAACAUGAGGCCAGUCGCAGAGUGAAGUCAGAAUUACUCGUGCAGAUGGAUGGUGUAGGAGGUGCUCAAGAGAAUGACGAUCCCUCUAAAAUGGUAAUGGUCCUGGCUGCCACUAACUUCCCCUGGGACAUUGAUGAGGCUCUAAGGAGACGACUGGAGAAGAGGAUCUACAUUCCACUACCCACUGCUCAAGGACGGGCAGAACUCUUAAAGAUCAACCUAAGGGAAGUGGAAGUAGCAUCUGAUGUGGAUCUCACCCUCAUCGCUGAGAAAAUUGAGGGUUAUUCAGGAGCUGACAUCACCAACGUCUGCAGAGAUGCAUCGAUGAUGGCGAUGCGACGGAGGAUCCAGGGUCUGAGUCCAGAGGAGAUCCGUGCUCUUUCUAAAGAUGAGCUGCAGAUGCCAGUCACCAUGGAGGACUUUGAGCUUGCACUCAAAAAGAUCUCAAAAUCAGUCUCGGCUGCAGACCUGGAGAAAUACGAGUCCUGGAUGUCUGAGUUUGGGUCUGUGUAAAGAGAAAGGACAGCUACAAGAUAAGUGUGAAUGUGGGAGAACACAUCGUGGACCGAUACUUGAGAAAAGGCACGGUUUUAUGUUUCAAGACAUUUUAAUAUGCAAAGAUGAUACAGAAAACUAGUCAUACCAGUGUUCAGAUGCGUUUGGACAUGUUUGGACCGAGAACAGUCGCACCUUCAUUUGUCAGAAAUGAACUACCAGUCUGUGUAUGACACUGAGCCACAUUUAUUUGUUUCUAGCAUCUCAGUUUCAAGUGUUUCUAACUUCCUUCUCUGCUAACAGAUGGAAAUCACCUGAGUUGCUAAUGACCUGUCUUAAGUUUCAAAACUGAAACGCCUGUGAAAAUGAUACUUGACAAGGGAGACCAGCAUAAUCCUGGUGCUGUGCUGGAUGUUUUUUAAUGUUUACUAGUGUGUAGACAUUCAUAUGUGCUGUGUUCUUUUAUUUGUUUUACUUGAUAGUUAUAAUAAAAUUAACAUUUGUUCUCUACCUAUUUAAUGUCAAAAUUUACUUAUUUUCUCAUUACACA